UAUACAUACAGGGCUAACACUCCAAGGAUAGGAUGAGGCUUCCCCGCCAUCCAUCAUGCGUGCCUUCGUUAUUGAGAGCUACGCCCAUCCCUCGAAGAUUAGUCUGACCUCAGACUUCCCCGACCCGAAGCCCGGCCCUCGGGAUGUGUUGGUAGAUGUCUACAGUGGCGGUCUGAACUUCUUCGACAUACUGCAAUGUCAAGGCAAAUACCAGAAUCAGCCUCCCAUGCCGUUCGUUCUUGGGAUGGAAUUUGCAGGUCGCAUCUCGUCAAACUCGCCUAUUCCCAAUGGCUGCAGCUUUAAACCUGGUGAUCGGGUGUUCGGUGGUGCUCAGGGCGCUUUCGGGGAGAAAGUCGCGGUGCCAUUGAACAAUAUCCUGCCGAUCCCCGACAAUAUCUCGUAUGACCAGGCGGCAGGCCUGUACGUUACUUGGCCAACGAGUUAUGAAGCCCUUGUUGGGCGGGCGGUGCUCAAAUCAGGGGAAUGGGUCUUGGUCACGGCUUCCGCAGGAGGAGUAGGCAUCGCAGCUGUGCAGCUAGCCAAAGCCCUUGGAGCCAAGGUGAUCGCUGCCGCAGGCUCACGAGCGAAGCUCGAGGUAUCGAAGAACUUCGGGGGUGCCGACUUCGGCGUGGACUACACGAAGCCUGGGUGGCAACAGGAAGUCCUGAACAUCACUGGAGGGAAGGGGGUGGAUGUGAUUUAUGAUCCUGUCGGGCUUAUCAAAGACUCCUUAAAAUGCAUAGCAUGGAAAGGGAGAGCGCUGGUUGUCGGGUUUGCCGCCGGUUCUAUUGAGAAGCUGCCUCUGAAUCUCGUCCUUCUGAAGAAUAUAUCUAUUGUAGGUAUUCAUUGGGGUGCAUAUGCUAAGAAUGAGCCUGCCCAUAUGUCAAAGGUGUGGCAGGAUCUCAUGGAGUUGAUGUCGUCCGGGCGCGUGAAGCCGGUUGUUUAUUCAGAAGUUUGGCCUUUCGAUAGACUGGCUGAUGGGUUGGUGGCCAUUGAGAAACGGCAGACAUGGGGGAAGGCUGUUGUUCGAAUCCGUGAAGACGACAGCGUGCAAGCUCGGUUGUAGAUUGUUUUUACCGCAGCCACCUGCAGUCUGCCUACCGGACAACCCUAGACGGCCGUCCCCAACCAUCUUCCAUAAGUUCCAUGUACUUUAGCGAAUUGUCAAGUCGUGGAAGCCAUUCUUGAAUGUGCUGCCUUUCAGCAGUAUUUCGAAAUCGAUGCACAUGCGGCUCAUAUAAGCAAG